GAAAGUCAGGGCGGCUCCGGGCGCCGGGGCGGGGGGGAGGAGAGUGGCGGGCCGGGCCGGAGCAGCCGCCGCGCGCCCCCGCCCGCUGGCCCUCGGCGCCCAGGCCGGGGGGCUGUUUGCAAACUGCGCCCAUUUUGUGGGGCCGAAUCCGCCCGGGCUACGCUCCUCCAUCACGUGUCUGUUCUCAGGGGAGGCAGCAAGGGGCUGUGGAGCUGGCCUCAGCACCAGGAGAGGCUGGACUUCCUGUCUCUCUGUGCUGAAUGGCUGCGAUGGCGCCCGCUCUCACUGACGCAGCAGCUGAAGCACACCACAUCCGGUUCAAACUGGCUCCCCCAUCCUCCACCUUAUCUCCUGGCAGUGCCGAAAAUAACGGCAACGCCAGCAUCCUUAUUGCUGCCAACGGAACCAAAAGAAAAGCCAUCACUACAGAGGAUCCCAGUCUAGACUUCCGAAAUAAUCCUACCAAGGAAGACUUGGGAAAGCUGCAACCAUUGGUGGCAUCUUAUCUCUGCUCUGAUGUAACAUCUGUUCCCUCAAAGGAGUCUUUGAAAUUGCAAGGGGUUUUCAGCAAGCAGGCAGUCCUUAAAUCUCAUCCUCUUUUAUCUCAGUCCUAUGAACUCCGAGCUGAGCUGUUGGGAAGACAGCCAGUUUUGGAGUUUUCCUUAGAAAAUCUUAGAACCAUGAAUACAAGUGGUCAGACAGCUGUGCCACAAGCGCCUGUAAAUGGGUUGGCUAAGAAAUUGACUAAAAGUUCAGCACAUUCUGAUCAUGACAAUUCCAGUUCCCUCAAUGGGGGAAAACGGGCUCUUUCUUCAUCUGCUCUGCAGGGAAGUGAAGUAGGGGGAUCUGACUCUGGGGACUUGAAAGGUGUUUUGACCAAUUGCACUCUUCCACAUAGAAGCCUUGAUACAGAACACACAACUCUAUAUAGCAAUAAUAGCACUGCAAACAAAUCUUCUGUCAAUUCCAUGGAACCGUCAGCACUUCAAGGAAGCAGUAGGUUAUCACCUUGUACAGACUCCAGCUCUAACUUGACAACUGUCAAGUUAGAGGUCAAAAAAUCUCCCCUGUCUUCCAUUCUUUUUAGUGCUUUAGAUUCUGACACAAGGAUAACAGCUUUACUGAGGCGACAGGCUGAUAUUGAGAUUCGGGCCCGCAGGUUACAGAAGCGCUUACAGGUUGUACAAGCCAAGCAGGUAGAGAGACAUUUACAGCAUCAGCUGGGUGGAUUUUUGGAGAAGACUUUGAACAAACUGCCAAACUUGGAAUCUUUGAGGUCCCGAAGCCAGUUGAUGUUGACCCGAAAGGCUGAAGCUGCUUUGAGAAAAGCUGCCAAUGAGACCACCAGUUCAGAGGGACUCAGCAACUUCUUGAAAAGCGAUUCAAUUUCAGAAGAAUUGGAGAGCUUUUCCGCUAGUGGCAUAGCCAAUUUGAGGUGCAGUGAACAAGCAUUUGAUUCAGAUGUCACGGACAGUAGUUCAGGAGGGGAGUCUGAUAUUGAAGAAGAAGAACUGACUCGAGCCGAUCCUGAGCAGUGCCAUGUACCCCUGAGACGCAGGUCAGAAUGGAGGUGGGCUGCAGACCGAGCAGCUAUUGUCAGCCGCUGGAACUGGCUUCAAGCCCAUGUUUCUGACUUGGAAUAUCGGAUUCGUCAACAAACAGAUAUUUAUAAACAGAUACGUGCUAAUAAGGGGUUGAUAGUCCUUGGGGAGGCGCCUUUCCCAGACCCUACAACAGACUUAUUUCUUCCACUUAGUUCUGAGGUGAAGACAGAUCAUGGGACUGAUAAAUUGAUUGAGUCCAUUUCUCAGCCAUUAGAAAACCAUGGUGCCCCUGUGGGCCAUAUUUCCGAGUCAUUGUCUACUAAAUCUUGUGGAGCAUUGAGACCUGUCAAUGGAGUUGUUAACACUCUUCAGCCUGUCCUGGCAGACCAUGUUCCUGGUGACAACUCUGAUGCUGAGGAACAAAUACAUAAAAAGCAACGACUGAAUUUAGUUUCUUCAUCAUCUGAUGGCACCUGUGUUGCAGCCCGAACACGACCUGUACUGAGCUGCAAGAAACGGAGGCUUGUUCGGCCCAGCAGCAUCGUUCCUCUUUCUAAGAAGGUUCACCGGAACAGCACCAUCAUCCGCUCUGGCUGCGAUGUGAAUCCCUCCUGUGCACUGUGUGGUUCAGGCAGUAUCAGCACCAUGCCUCCUGAAAUCCACUAUGAAGCCCCACUAUUGGAGCGUCUUUCCCAGUUGGACUCUUGCGUUCACCCUGUGCUAGCAUUUCCAGAUGAUGUUCCCACAAGCCUGCACUUCCAGAGCAUGCUGAAAUCACAGUGGCAAAACAAGCCUUUUGACAAGAUCAAACCUACCAAAAAAUUUUCACUUAAGCACAGAUCACCCAUGCCAUGCAGUUUGCCGGAUCCAAUUCGUAAAGACAGGCACAAGUUGGUCAACUCCUUCUUAACAACAGCCAAGCUGUCCCAUCACCAAACCCGGCCUGACAGGACCCACAGGCAGCACUUAGACGAUGUGGGGGCCGUGCCCGUGGUGGAGCGAGUGACAGCGCCAAAAGCAGAGCGCUUACUCAACCCACCACCACCCGUGCAUGACCCAAACCACAGCAAAAUGAGAUUGCGAGACCAUUCAUCUGAGAGAAGUGAAGUGUUGAAGCACCACACAGACAUGGGCAGUUCAAGCUACUUGACAGCUGCCCACAAUCCACCGCACAGCCCUCUGGUGCGACAGCUCUCCACCUCAUCAGACAUUUCCACACCCACCAGCUCUAACUCACAAGUUACAGCCAGCACAUCUCCAGUAAGGAGGAGAAGGGGAGAGAGCUCAUUCGAUAUUAAUAACAUUGUCAUCCCGAUGUCUGUUGCUGCAACAACUCGUGUAGAGAAACUACAGUACAAGGAAAUCCUUACUCCCAGCUGGAGAGAGGUUGAUCUUCAGUCUCUAAAGGGAAGUCCUGAUGAAGAGAAUGAGGAGAUCGAGGACCUAUCUGAUGCAGCUUUCGCCGCCCUGCAUGCCAAAUGUGAGGAGAUGGAGAGGGCACGGUGGCUGUGGACCACGAGUGUGCCACCCCAACGGCGGGGCAGCAGAUCUUACAGGUCAUCAGACGGCCGGACCACCCCUCAGCUGGGCAGUGCCAACCCCUCCACCCCACAGCCUGCUUCUCCUGAUGUCAGUAGUAGCCACUCUCUCUCAGAGUUCUCCCACAGUCAAUCCCCUAGGAGCCCCAUUAGCCCAGAACUGCACUCGGCCCCCCUCACUCCUGUGGCUCGGGACACUCUGCGAAACUUAGCCAGUGAAGACACCCGUUGCUCCACACCAGAGCUAGGGCUGGAUGAACAGCAUCUUGUCUGCCUGAAGUCUGUCCAGCCGUGGGAGCGGAGGACCUUCCCCCUGGCAUAUAGUCCCCAGGCAGAAUGUGAGGACCAGCUGGAUGCACAGGAACGGGCAGCCCGCUGCACUCGACGCACCUCAGGCAGCAAGACUGGCCGGGAUACAGAGGUGGCACCUACCUCACCUCCUGUUGUCCCUCUCAAGAGUCGGCAUCUGACAACAGUCACAGCUCAGCGGCCAACUCACAGAUGAGUGAGAGAUGAGACUAUAUAGACUCACUACUAUUGGCAUUAAAGCUUCAGAAAUAAUCUGCGUUUGAUAUUCAAACAUCAUAUGCCGGAGAUUUUCACAGUUUUUAGUGAAUUUAAGGAAUUUAGAUCCUUUUUUUUUUUUUUUUUUUCCUCCCCUUUUUCUCAUUUUGAUUUUUGUUUUGUUUCCAUGUUUUGUUGUCACACCUGAGCACUUCCUCCAGUUAGCAGACAAGUGAAGGAUAAGACCAUGCUGGCCUGGUCCUGGCACACCCUCUACACUGUUGAAUCACUGGAUUUCCCAAUGUUAGACGAUCACCCCUCUCCCUUGCACCUGUGGGUAGGGUGGACUGACCAAAUGGCAGAGGGUCAAAGUUCCAGGUCAGCAUGGCCUUAGGGUGGGAUAGGGCAAGGGCACUCUGAGCUCUCACCCUUCUCUCCAGUCUAUGGUUUGGCUUAGCUCUGGCUGGGCCCCACAGUCUUCUGUGCUGGAGCACCCCACCAAACCUCUCUGCUGGGCGGCCAGUUCUCACUGAGCUCUCAGUCAGCAGAAAGCUAGCUUCUCCUGUCACCUGGCCCUUGAAGACCUGUCAUCUGCAUUUGGUCAUCGCUUUCUUGGCUCCUCAACUGCAGUAACCUGUGUGACUGCUCAGGUCGCUCUGUCCUGCCCUUCCCUGUCUGCCUCCCCUAGCCAUGUACUCACGCACACAUUAGUACUUCCACUCAGAACCUAUCUGGUCUGUGACGGUAGGAUUCAGACUACUUAACCUGUCCCUGCUCCCCUGCGGAGUACAUCCCAUCAUCCUAAUACCAUGUUUUCACUGACUGGUUCACAUCCUCAUGUUUCCUUCACCUCCCCAUCCCCAUCCGGGCCACUUAGACUCUUCCUCUCUCAAGCUCCCCUUGCCUGUGGAACACUGUCUGGUCCUAGCUGUGGUUUCCAUCAUUCCCCAUCAACCUCCUGUUAACCUAGUGCCUGUCUCAUGUAUAAUCACAUCACCAAAAAAAGGGGAGGGGGAAAGGAAUUUUCUUUUUCUGCCAUUUUAUAAUCGUAUGAAAAUAAGUAGGCAGAUUGCUUAAUGGUUGGGGUUUUUUCACAAUUUUCAACAUUAGUGAUUUUGUUUUUUGUUCUGUUUGCAAGUUAAAAGGUUUGUCAUUGUUUCUUUAAACAACAAUAAUGCACCAUAUCCCUAUGCAUAAAGUGCUUCUUCUAUUUAUAAGGUUGAAAAUUCUGAAUAACCCUUUUAGCAUUGUAAAAAAAAAAACACACACACAAAAAAUCAAAAAAACAAAAAUUUAAAAAAACUUGUAUUUUGUAAAUAUUUUCUUUUCCUGCUUUGAGCUGUGUAAUGGCAGCGAAAUACGUAGCUGUCUUUGUUCUAUAGAAAUGCUUUUCUUCAGAGAAGCGGAUCUUUGUUAAUGUCUUGAUUCUUCUGUUUGCAAAGCACAGACUAGUGCUUUAAAAAAAAAAAAAAGGAAGGAAAAAAUGAAAAAAAAAAUAAUAAAAAAAUGAUACAGA